AUGUCUGGUCUUGAGGCUGCCCUCUUCAACUUGAAGUUCACGGCGAAGUCGCUGAACCGACAGGCGCUCAAGGCUGGGAAAGAUGAACAAACCGAGAAAGCGAAGGUCGAGAAGGCCAUGAAGCAAGGCCAUCACGACAUCGCACGCAUUUACGCCCAGAAUGCCGUCCGUAAGCAGAACGAGAAGCUGAACCUCCUACAACUUGCCUCGCGUGUCGAUGCAGUCGCCGGUCGGGUACAGACGGCAGUCACAAUGCGCCAGGUCACCGGCAACAUGCAAAAGGUGGUGAAGAGCAUGGAUGUAGCGAUGAAGUCGAUGAAUCUGGAAAGGAUAACGGCUGUCAUGGACGGAUUUGAGAAGAACUUCAACGACCUCGAUGUUGUAGAUGAAUUUACACGCGAAGCUACCUCCUCAGCGACUGCAGUUGGAACACCCCAGGAUGACGUUGAUCGUUUGAUGGCCCAAGCUGCGGAUAAGGUCGGCGUUGAACUUUCAGCAGAUCUGGAGGAGGCCACGCCGGCGAAGACGAUCAAGACCGGUCCCACCGAACAAGAGGAGCAAGGCCUGAACGAGCGCCUCCGAGCACUGAGGAAUUGA